AAUCUAAUAGAUGCUCUAGACAUGGCUUGGCUUUUUCUCCUAAUGAUAGAUUCCGAUGUAAUUAUUUAUGAAAUUCCAGAUACUUAUGUUGCUGAAACUAAACUAGAACCAAUCAUUGUUCGGGGAAAUGGCGAUAUAACGAUCUUUGGAAUGAAUAAUGUAUUUAAUAGCGAUUUCCCUUCUGAACUACAUGGAAAGGUGGCUCCAGAAGAAUUCCAGGAAACAAUUUCAAAGGUUAAUUGUCAGCUUAGACGCUCAAUGCCAACAAACUUAAAAUGGCUUUUGUGUGGCUUCAUAUGCUGUUGUUGCACACUUGGAUGUUCAAUGUGGCCUGCCAUUUGUGUGAAUCGCAAAAUAAAACGAAACAUCGAGAAGGCACUUGAGUCUGAGAAUGCUCGUCUUUAUUGUCAACUUGGACUCAACUGGAGCUUAGCAAAGCAAAGAUCUUCCGAGCCAGUUGUUUUAAUGGAAUAUGUGAGUCUUACCUCGCUUUGGCUUUAUCGCCUCCAAUUCCAGGAUAAAGUAUUUGCUAAAUAUUUUGCAAUGUGA